AUGGGUUUCGUCUACUGGCUGCUGGCAGCGGCCUCGUUGGCGGCCACCACAAACGCAGCAUCCUCAAGCUCUCGACAUUUAUUCGAGAAUACGAACAUCCAGCGGACGGUCGAGCUUGGCGGAUCGUUGACCCACGUCACAACGACGAUUGCUGUCAAGGCCCUUGGCCACGGCGGUCCAAACGUAUAUGAACUCGCACUCUCAGAGCUAGAACAUCAACGGACUGCCUUGUUAGAGGUCAAGCUAAAAGGCGGCGCGCAGAAUUUGGCCGUCGAGAAACAUGGAUUUGAUCCGACCAGUAAUGCAUACCUGUAUACUGUGGAACUACCGCCGCUAGCGCAGAACGCAACUGCCACGCUCGUCGUCAAUUCGAUCCUUGCGCAUGCUUCGAAAGCAUAUCCAGCAUCUAUCAAGCAAGCAGAUCCCCAAUGCCUCUUGUUCACUACCGAAGCAUAUGUCCUCUCUCCCUACAAAACGCUCACGGAGCGCACCAAAAUUAGACUACCUUCACCAAAAGUUUUAUCCUACUCUGCGCCGGAAGCGCUGUCGAAUUAUGCUCCAGAGGGCUCAAAGGAACAGGCGAGAGGAAUCCGCAGUGGGGCAGUCAUCACCUAUGGUCCAUUUGACGACCUACCGCCCACUACGGGAAAGUUUUUCGCAAAGGAAGAUCAGCAACUGCUGUCGGUGCACUACGAAUAUGAGACGCCCGUGCUUUCUGUUGUCUCGCUCGACCGUUGGGCAGAGAUAAGUCAUUGGGGAGACAAUCUCAACAUUCAAGACAAUGUCCACAUUCGAAACGACGGACCAGAACUCAAAGGCCACUUCUCGCGUUUGGAGAUGCAGCAGGCCAAAUACUUUAACAAGGUUCAGCACCAGGUCCUCACACAUAUUCCUUUGCAACUUCCACCAGGCAUCCACACACCAUACUAUUACGACUCAAUUGGUAAUGUAACCACUUCGCGCUACCGCGCGUCGCCAAAGGUACCCGGAAAGAAGCGUCCAAUGCCAUCGUUCUUAGAGAUUCGACCACGUUAUCCCUUGCUUGGCGGAUGGAAUUACACCUAUACCCUGGGUUGGGAUGCUCCGCUAGGGGACUCUGCGAAAUAUGACAGCAAGACGGGCAAAUAUGUGAUUGGUGUACCAUUUAUGACCCCUAUUACUGGUGCUGCCGUUGACGAGGCAAGCGUCACAAUUGUUUUCCCUGAAGGAGCCGAAAACGUCGAGGUAUUCCCGCCGUUUGAUGUCGACUCGACGUCGCGCUUCACCCACGUCACAUAUCUGGACACUAUUGGACGACCAGCUGUGGUCCUUCGAUCUUCUAAGCUGACUGACCAACAUACUGGAGUCAUCUAUGCGACAUAUACCGUUCCUGUUCGCGCACAUCUCGCAAAGCCAUUGGCUGUCGGCACUGCAAUGUUUGGAUUCUUCUUGUUAGCGGCAUUCUUCCGACGCGUUGACCUACGAAUUGGAUCUACAAAGAGCAAGCGAUCAUAG